AUGACGAGUCCUCUAAAGUCAGAAUCUCCAAUGUUAGGAGAGAUAAAUACAGGAUCAACCCCAUUUGAAUUGCAACAACAACCGGAUACUUCAAAUAUAAAUAUAAAUAAUAAUGAGAAUAACGGUACCAACAAUGAUGAUGAACAAUUAAGUCAACUAAAUCUAGAACAAGUUCAGCAAUCGGAGUUUAAUAGUAUACUACCUCAAGAUAUAAUUGGUGGAAAUGAUUCUGGCUCAAUACAAUAUCUAGAUAGUGGAACUACUGUACCAAAUUAUGAGAAUAAUACAUUUGAGAUAAAUAGUGAUUUAAUGGAUAUAGAUCAAUUACCUACUGAUUUACCACCAACUCAACAAGAUCAAGAGGAUCCUUCAACAUCAGCACUUAAACAAGAAACAACUGAAGACCAAUCACAACCACAAGAAACAGAAGAAGAUCCAAUUUCCAAAAUUAAAAAGAUAGAAUUAUUACCAAACUUAUAUACAAUAUUAUUUGAUAUUACAAAAGGUACUAAAUCACCAAAAGAUUUUAAUAAUUUAUCAAGUGGGAUUAGAUUAAAAAUAAAUAAUCUUAAGAACCAUAUAAAAGAAAUUGAUGAAAUUCAAAUCCCACCUAAUUUAAUGUUAGAAAAAAUUAAUUUAAUUAAUGAAAAUAACAUUAAAAAACAAAAAUUAAUUAAUGAUUUAAGAUUAAAGAUUAAUGAACAAUUUUAA